GUAGGCCACGGCAUGGAAACUGUAAUUGUAGCAAUCGAUUUUCCAUUUCCACUGAAGCUUGCCGCAGUCAGAUGGAAAUUUUUAAAACCCCUCCAAGCCGAAUAGAGUUUACUGACCCCGGACAAAGGAAAAGAAGAAGAAGGAUAGUUGGUGCAGCAGCCGUGAAAGGAGAAUGGGGAAUGGGGAAAGGUGAAAGCGAAGGAGGUCGCAUAUCGAUUAAACACGCGGAACGAGUGGGGUGGUUGGGUGCUCUGGCAACACAUUUGAUUACCGCGUGUAAAUAACAACAACACGAACACUGCAAAAGUUGCAAGGACUCCUUCGCUGAACGUUGUGCAACAAUCACAUGUUACUGAAGCACCAUGGAGGACCCAAAAGUCGAUGAACAGAAGCCAUCGGUUUCAAAGGCCCAGGCACCCGAGAAACCGAUUCGCAAGCGAAACCAAGUCAAAAUCCAAACCAAAACCAGAACUCCAAAGCCAACACCCACCGCCAUUCUCUGUGAACUGACUCGUUUGAAGGCCCAGCAGAAAUAUCUUGAAUGCCAUCAAGUGAAGCUAAACCCCAACAACUUUAUAAUCCAAGACGAUGAUGGUGAUACAGUAGAUACAGAUCCAAAGUCAAAGAACGAAGUGAAUGCAUCUGAAAACCUUGAGACUAUAAGAAAUCCACGACCCACCAGCUCUUCCACUGCAGAUUUAAUAAGACUUAUUAACCAAAUCGAACAUGAGAAAGUGGAACUGAAUAAAAAGCAUUUGCAAUAUCGUACUGCAAAACGAGAAGAACUGCAGGACAUGUGGCACUUUGUAACCACGAUAAAAGAGGACGUCUUUCGUCCAGAACGUCUCAGUCAGUAUACAGUAAACGCUCUGAGGGAAAGAAUUGUUGGCGUUAACACCCAAUUGUAUCGUCUGACUGCUCAAAACUCAAAGGAAAUUGCAGAGUUGAAGGAGGAGUACGAGAAAUUAGAGCAGGAAAAUAAGCUUCUAUGGAAAGGAAGCAUGUAAAUGUGGAAAAAAAACGUAUUAUUAACUCAGUAAUUAACUCAGUAAAAAAUCAGUAACACAUGGCAAAACAAAUUUUAAAGCGAAAUCGUCGUUUAAUUACUUUAAAUGUAAACACAAAACAUCAGCUUCUAUUGAUAAUAAAAAAUAUUCGUUUUUUGAUGAA